AUGUCCACAUCCGUCGGUGUCAACGUCCUCCGGUGGUCCGCACUCGGCCUGGGCGUCUUUUACGGUGCCUACCACCAGCUCUCGCUCUCUGCCGCCGACCGGGCAAAGGCCGCACAAAAGGAGUGGGACCACAAACAGGCGUUGAUCAGACAAGCAAAGGAGCAAUGGGCACGAGACCACCCUUCAGAACAGCCAAAAUCAUCGGGAGCCAAGGCCGACCCAAAAGACCCCAAUGCCGAUCUACACGCCCUCCUCGGCAUAACCGACAAAUAA